GAGCCGCAGAAGCCCAGCUAGCCUACCAUGUUGUUGCCGCUGUAAUUGAGCCACAUUGUAACCCCCAAAACUCAGCUUUUAUCCCAGUCGAGCCGUUCGCGGUCAGUUACAGCUGUGCAUUGAAGCUGGAUUUAUGUACAUGCCAUUACGUUUCGCUGCAGCAUCUUUUUACACGCGAGCUAGCUACACGUGUUAAGAUAUCUUAGGAAUAUGAGCCAAAUAUCAGAGCCCCCAGUUGAAGCUCCUGCAGUGACAGAAGCUCCUCCCCCUCAGACAGAGCCCAAGCCACCAACAGGUGGAAAGAAACAAACUAAAAAGAAAGUGGAAGAGGUGGUGGAGGAAGAAGAGGAGGAGUAUGUUGUGGAGAAAGUUCUGGACCGACGUGUUGUCAAGGGAAGAAUAGAGUAUCUCCUCAAGUGGAAGGGCUUCUCAGAUGAUGACAACACCUGGGAACCCGAAGAAAACUUAGACUGCCCAGACUUAAUAGCAGAAUACCUGCAAUCCCAGAGAAACGCCAAGGAAUCUAGUGGAAAGCGGCGGGCCGAAACCGAUGGAGAUGGAAAGGAGAGCCAGUCUAAAAAACGCAAGGAUGAGCCUGAGAAACUCAGAGGCUUUGCUCGUGGGUUGGAUCCUGAGAGGAUUAUUGGUGCUACAGACUCAAGCGGAGAACUCAUGUUCCUGAUGAAAUGGAAGAACUCUGAUGAGGCAGAUCUUGUACCAGCCAAGGAAGCAAAUGUGAAGUGCCCACAAGUGGUCAUUUCUUUCUAUGAGGAGCGUCUCACCUGGCAUUCUUACCCCACUGAUGAGGAGGAGAAAAAGGACGAGAAAAACUAGGCAAGGAAGGAGCUAUGAUGAGUACUUACUGUAAAGGGUGGUCAUUGAAAUGCACACAUCAGUUUUAUUUUCAGAAAUAAAAGGCAGUAAAAGGAGGUUGGUAUGAUUAUGAAGAAAUAUCACUGAUACUCCCAACACCUUAAGUUACAGUGCAACAGUAACUGUAAUUUACACAGGCUCUGGUACACCAGGAUGCCAUUUUACCAUGUAUACCUACAGUAUGUGUACAUUUGUAGGUUUACAAUUAGGGAUGCAUCAAUAUGGGAAUUGUGGAUCAGUCCCAUUAUCUGAUAUAUGUCUGUAUCUGCCGAUAGUGCAACUUACACAAAAUGUAGAAAUUGGGACUAGAUUCAGGCUUUACACUUCAGAGAAAUAUAACAUUUAGUUCUGUAAGUUUAUAAAUGCAGUAAAAUGAAAAAUGACAUUUUAGCACAGUAGCCAAUCCUCCCCUAAAAUACUUAUCAAAUAAUCUUCUCGAAUACAAUAACUAUGUCAUCAAAUAUUGUUUUGAAAUAUGAGUUAAAUCUAAACAUUUCUCUGAUGUUGAUUGUUUGUGUUUAAAAAUCUGCCAAUGCUGACAUGAUUCCAAUAUCACUGUGUACCCCCUGAUUGUAGCCCAUCUGUCCCUACCCUAUUCACCAGUGGGACCACCAGUGCUGACCAGACAUUAUUUGGGUGGUGGAUCAUUUGUAGCACAGCAGAGAUACCAGCAUAGUAGUAGAAUGUCACUGUGUGCACUUGUACGAGCAUAUCAAGAACCCCAGCGUUGCUGUGAUUUUUUUUCUUUUAAAUAUCCUGCAAUUCGAUAGAUUUUUACUGUGAACCUACAAGGUAGGUGUUUGUAAUUAAGUGGUCAGCACGUUUACACAAUGUUUUGCAUACCUACAAAUGCACCUAUAAUGAAGAUAGACCUGAUAAAAUAGCAAAUGAGUUUAGGUACAACUAGGUGUAUCUAAUAAAUAGAUUUCAGUCAUGGUGUUGCCAAUGUAGAAAGUGUUCAAUAGACUAGCAUCCUCAAGCUUUGAAUAAGGAUAUAGAUAAGUGGAGCAGAUUCAAUAAAUAAAUAAAUAAAUGUGUCCUGGGCUGGUGCUUCACUGCUUUGCUUUCCACAGAGUGUUCUAGACCCUGUGUAGAUAACAGUCCUGGCCAUUUCUCAAGUUUCAAAAACACUUAUUUUAACAUGUUCCCAGAUUUUGUGUGCAUUUGACUGAUUUAAAUACAUUACUGCCUUAAGUGAGAUUAUGAAAAACACAUUACAGUUUUUUACAUUUGCCAAAAAGAAGGUCAGUAAAUGCACAAGUGAAUCUAGAAAGGGGAUAAGGAGUACAUGGACAAUGGCUUGUAGCUUGACCAGGAGUCCUAUCUAGUGAUUUAUGGUUUGUAUGAAACGAUUUUUAAUAGAAUGUUCACUUUUACCAGCAAGCAUUGCUUCACAUCAGUUGAUCUGCUCACAGUAUAGGUGCUACCAUUGAAUGAGACCUUUUUUUCUGGAAAACGUUGUAAAUAUACCUGGACAUCGCAUUAUGAGUUACGAGUUCGGUGAGUUACUUUUUUAUUCUUGGUUUAUUACUGUAUCAUAUAGCAAAGAGUAGUAUCAGUGUUUAAGUUUGAGGUAAAUGUUUAGUUACUUUAUUAUGUCCUAGUUGUGUAAGUGCCAGUUCUUUGUAUCAUGUAAUUACUGUGUAACCUAGAGAAUGUUUUUUCCUUUUCCUUUUUUUAAAAAAAAAAAGGCCACUACCACUUUUUGUUAGUUCAAUAAAAGUAGGAUUGCUGUAA